CAGAAGCAGAAUGGAGAAGUGAGUUAAGGGAUCGCAGCAAACGUGAGGAGGAAGUCGUACCGAAACAUGCAGGUACACAAAUAAAGCAAUUAGUAUCCACUGUUCACUAUGGGCCAACAUGUCUGUAGACGGGACCAAGUUAUUGUUUGAAGGCUUCCUGCAGAAAAGAAAGGAUACUAUGAAAAUAAGAUGGGUGACGUAUUGGUUCAGGCUUCAAAAUACCACCUUGUUCUUCUAUACCAGGAAGAAUGACAGUGCUUUACACUUGAGAAGCUAUUACUACAUUUACACAGUGCAGUCAGUGCGAGAGGUCCAGAGACCUGACAGCAGCAGGCGCUUUAUGUUUGAAAUCACCAUGAAGAAUGGGAAAAGAAAAAUGUUGGCAGCAGAAACGGCAGCUCUUAGGAGAGAGUGGGUACAUCAACUGUGGGAAGCCAUACAUCUUUCUUUCUGUAGAUCUUCAGACAGCGGAGACACAAACCUUGAUGAGUGUGAGCAGCGAGACAGACGGAACAGCAGCAGUACACACCUCUGCACCCAUGGCAACACUGGGAUGGAGUCUCUUCCUGCUGGUCUCAUCUCUGCACCUUCUCCUUCAGUCCAAAUCCACUGUGAAACCAGUGGCGUUGUUGCCUCCCCCACAAACCUGCCUCUGGAGCUGGACAGUAAGGGGCCCAUGUACCAAAGCACACCGUCAGUCUGUAACUACCAGUGUCGCAUUUUGUCUUAA